AAUUUGGCACAGAGGCGGUUUAACAAACAACAUAAUAGAAUAACAAAGUGGUAAGGGAAGGAAGAAAGAAAGAACAGUCUGUGGCCUGCAAGCAGACUAUUGAGGAAAGGAGAGGAAAAUGUUCCCUUUGCGGAUCCAAAUACUGGUUGGUUUGCAUGAGACAAAAGGAGAGGACGACAGAUCCGCGGAGGCGCGCGCUGAGCCGAGCAUCUGAGCACCUUGGAGACGCCACUGGUUUGGUCCGACGCGCAAGAACGCACCGGCACUUCGACACACACGCCCUCCAGAUCCACCUGAAACCUGCACGCCGGUUAAUUGUCCUGUUUGAAGGCCGAGGAAAGGGAGACUGAGCCCCGGUUCACCCGCAGCCAGAACACCGUGUUCCCAUGAUGUCAUACCUGUGGAUUCUGCUAUUAGGAAGCCUGUUGGCUGGAAGCGCCAAGGCACAAGAUGAAGUAACCACAGCAGAGGACUUAGUAGUUCCUGAGACUCCAGGCCCUGACGUAGACGCAGUGCCAAAACCGGAGGCUGAUGAGGGAUCUGACCACACAGCUGAGGAAAUAGUGCCAACUGCGGCUGAGCCCGAGCACGCUGCUGACCCUGAACCUGAAGCCCAUGAACCAGUGACUCCUGCAGAUGGAGGCGCAGAAGCAGUGACUCCUGCAGGUGCAGGUGCAGACACAGAACAAGAGACUCCUGCAAGUGCAGACGCAGAAGCUGUGACCCCUGAAGAUGGAGGAGCAGAAGCACAUACUCCUGCAGAUGGAAAUGCAGAACCAGGGACUCCUGCAGCAGACGCAGAGGCGGAGGCUGCUCCAACAGCGCAAGGGCCUGCAGCUGAUCCAGAGGUUAAGGAUCCAGAGGCUGAGGAACCAGCACCCGAUGUAGAGGAGCAACCUACCUCAGGCACUGAGGCACCACCUGCACAAGAGGAGGAUGGACCUGAAGGUGAGGCCAAGCCAACAGCAGAUCCAGCUGUACCAGAUAAUGCGGAAGAACCUACUGAUCCAGCUGCUGAUGUAAAACCAACAGUUCCAGUUGAUGAGGAAGAAGUAGUAGCAGAUGUUGGCAAAGAAGGGGGCCUUGCCCCUACAGUUAAAGUGGACAUCCCUAAACCUAAGAUGGAUUCAGAACUUAACUUGGAAGAUGCUCUGCCUGAAGGGAAUGAAGUGGACAACCCCUCAAAUCCUGGAAAAGGCCGCAGCUUUGGAUCUAAUGCACAUGCUGCUGAGGCCACAGGAGAUGCAGAUAAACCUCAGGCCCAAGAAGCCAGCUCCGGCUCUUUAGCAGGCAUCCUGUGUGCGAUUGUCGUGGCUGUGGUGGGAGCAGCAGGUGGAUACUUCACCUAUCAGAAGAAGAAACUGUGCUUCAAAGAUAGACAGGAAGCGGAUCCAGAAGCUGCACGCAAAGCUGAUGCAGGAGAGGCUCAGUCAGAUCCACAGGUCCUUAGCAACCUGCUGAACUCCUCCUAGAUCAACAAUGAUCACAUGACUGCAUGGACCAACUACAGUCAAGCAAAGUGGCAAUCUCACUGUUAGGCUCUAUCCGCUAUAGAGCUAUAAUACUGUGGGCCCCCAAAGUAGGGCUGUGUGUGUUUCAUUGUGUGUGUGUGUGUGUGUGUGUGUGUGUGUGUGUGUGUGUGUGUGUGUGUGUGCGUGUG